AUGAUCUUCAGUUUUCUAGAUGAUUGUCGUUAUUUACUACUUGUUAUAAAUUUUAUCAUGCCUAAACCACGUGAUGCAAACAAACCCCGUGGGCCUGUCACUGCUUAUGCCUUGUUUGUUCGAACAUGUCGUGAAGAAUUGAGGCGCAAAUUUCCUCAAUUACAAGUUGACUACAAUGUUAUAUCAAAACGUUGCAGUGAACGUUGGAAACAGAUGUCCGAUUGCGAAAAGAAACGUUUCAACGAUACAGCAGAAACACAACGCAAACGGUAUAAAGAAGAAAUGGUUCACUAUAAUGCGGAAUUAGCUAAAGCAGCCGCUGCCGUUCAACAAACUACUAAUCAGCAAUCGACUGUUACGCAGCAACCAACAACGAUUAUGAAUUCAUAUGAUUUAACAAAUCAUCAUUUUCAACCAUCAACAACUCAGAAUAUUCAUCAGUUAACAACAAUACCAACAACAACGUCAUUAACUCCAGCACAAUCUUUACCAUCCUUACCUUCACUAGGAUUAAACAAUAAUAACAACCCUCAGAAUGAGAUAAAUCAGUCAUUACAGCACCACCAACAGUUACCUCCUCCACCAACGAAAAAAACUCAGCGAAAACGAGAAAGAAAACCAAAAGAUCCUCUGGCACCUAAAAAACCACUAUCAGCUUAUUUCCUAUUCUGCGCAGAUGAAAGACCAAAAGUACAUGUUUUACUACCAGGUUUAUCUGUUAGUGAUGUGGCAAAAGAAUUGGGAAAUCGUUGGAAAAAAGCCUUGCCUGAUGUUAAACAGAAAUAUGAACAACAAGCAAAUGAAAAUAAAAGUAAAUAUCAGAUUGAACUAAAUAAAUAUAAACAACAGUCAGUAUCUUCACCAAAUUCCGUGCCUCCUGGCACCAUGUCAACAUUGAACAUACCGCAGAACAACAACAACAAUGAAUUUCAAUCUCAAAGUCAAAUGAAUUUUUCUCAACAACAGCAACAGCAAACACUUCAAUUUCCUUUUCAACAGCAACAACAUCAAAAUUUUUUGAUUGAUCAAGAUGAUUUUAAUCAAUCGAACGGUGUUACAAGUGUUGGUAUUACGGAUCAUUUUAAUGAUGAUGAUGAUAUGGAUAACGGACACGAUGAUUUUAUACCGGGAGUUGGAGAUGAUGAUUAA